CGUAAAUCAGAUUUUGAAAUUGAAAUUGAAAACAUUGCAUGUAUAUAGGAUAGGGUAGAGAAAUGAGUUUGUUCGUUAUAAACAGGUACGAAGGGGAGAAGAAAGAAGCAGACAAUGAAACGAACCAUCUCUCGCGGUUACUCAAACGAAUCGAAGAGCGCAAGGAACAGAAAUCCCUCCAACAAGCCCAAACUCAAACUCAAAGCCAAUCAAACUUACAAGAUGACUCAAUAGCCAAACCCCAAAAAAAGAAGAGAAAAAUAAAAAGAAAUGAGGAAGAAAAUUCUGCCAAUAUUAUAAAAUCAGAACAAUCACACGAAUUUUCUACUGAAAUAAAAUAUGAAGAAACUCAAAUUGAAUCCGAAGACAAAAAUCAAAGAAAUGUAACAAAUUUAAUAAGAAAUGAGGCUGCAAUAACUGAUAAAGAAAUUAAAUCAAUUGAUAAUGUGAACGAGGAGUCAAAAAGUCAGAUUUCAACAGAUUUUAUAAUCCUCGGUUCAAAAAGUAAUAAAAAGCCGAAAGAAGUGAAGCGAGUCUUACCUGAGUGGUUGUCGAAUCCAGAAAUAAUUUCGAGAGACUUGGACAGUGGUCCAAGUUUGGACAAUAUAACAAAUUCCCUUUUGGAUGAGAAGAUGAUUGAAUUGUUAAAAGGAAAUCAGAUGGAGAAACUGUUCCCUGUACAGGAAUGUAUGUUGAAAUGGUUGACGAAGUCGGAUGAGGAGAGGAGGCGAGGGUUUUGGACACGGGAUGUAUGCGUCUCUGCGCCUACAGGAAGCGGUAAAACUUUGGCCUACGUAUUACCAGUCAUACAAUUAUUAAAAUCAAGACUGGUACCCAAGAUUCGUUGCUUAGUGGUGGUACCAGUACAGGAAUUGGCGGCGCAAGUUCAUAAAGUAAUGGUCACUUACGCUGCUUCCACCGAUCUGAAAGUGGCUUUGUUGUCUGGAGCUUCCUCGUUCCACCAAGAACAGAAUAACAUUGUCAAGAAGAAUUCGAGAGGGGAAUAUGUCUCUUUAGUAGAUGUUGUCAUCGCAACUCCGGGGCGAUUAAUCGAUCAUAUAUUCAAGACUGCUGGAUUUUCGUUGGACGAUCUAAGAUUUCUAGUGAUCGACGAGGCUGACAAAAACGCCGACUGGCUAGAAUAUAUUCCUGAGCGACAUUACAAACCGCCGAAGUUAAGUUUGGCAAAUAUGAGAGACAGUAAAAUGCCAGCACAGAAAUUAUUAUUCAGUGCCACAUUGACUCAAGAUCCCGAGAAGCUGAGUAGACUAGGUCUCCUCCGUCCCAUUUUAUUCACAUCCGUAUUAAUAACAAAUAAAGAUGGCGACGUGGACUUGGACAAAGAAUCCGGCGAUUUCAUAGGCCGAUAUACAAGUCCUGAAGAAUUAGAAGAAGAAGCAGUUGAGUGCUCCUCGGAAUUCAAGCCUGUCGCUCUUUAUUAUUUAUUGACGAAUGGUAGAAGUGGUUGGAAGAACAUGAAGGAGACAUUGGAAAAGGAAGUAGAAAAAAAGAGAGGAAGAGUUGAGGAAGAACAAGAAGAGGAGGGAAAACUUAAGCAAGAAAAACAGACCGUAGAAGAAACAUUCAACCAAGGAGUGAAGAAUGAAAAAAGUGAAGAAGAAAUAAUCGAAGACCCAAAAAGAAAUCGAAUUUGCAAAACCUUAAUAUUCACUAAUUCUGCCGAUACGGCUCACAGACUGUCACUACUAUUAAAAUCGAUGUUGAAAAUGAAUAACGUCAGCGUCGGCGAGUUGUCUGCCAAAUUUAGUCCCAAAGAGCGCGAGAACGUUCUCAAAAACUUCGUCGAAGAUAAAAUACAAAUACUGAUCUGCUCGGACGCGCUAGCGCGCGGAAUGGACAUCCCGAGCGUCCAACUAGUGGUCUCCUACGACCUCCCGAAACACAUCAAAGGGUAUAUCCAUAGGGCUGGAAGAACGGGGCGGGCCGGGAAAAAAGGUACCGCCAUUUCGAUCUUAACCACCAAACAAGCGGGCCUGUUCAAACAUAUGCUGACUACUGCUCACAAACGAGUUCCUCUCAUUCAAAAAUUGGAAAAUUUGGACACCAUUGCUGGUGAAAUUAAUUUUGAGAAGCAUCUCGAGAAUUUGAAAAAUGUUUUGGAACUCGAGAAACGGAAUCAGUUUGACAGAGCGAAAAGUGCAAAAAGAAAAAAUUAAUUUUGAUGAUUUAAUUCAUUUAUUUUCAUCGAAUUCCUAUUCAUUCAUAAUUC